CGCAUCCGCCCAUCCAUCUCCGCAACAACGAGAAAAAAAAAAAUAUCUCCCCUUCCAUUUCGAUCGGUCCUCCUCAUCCUCUCGCGUAGCCACCGAUCGGCCGCCGCUCCGUCCAUCCAUGUCGUCGCUCGCCGUCCGCCGCGGGCUGGAAUGGGAGCUCGGCUGGCUCGGGGGCCUCUUCACGGCCGCGGAGCUGGCGGCCGCCGACCUGCUCCUCCAGCUCAGCGGGGACUACGAGGUGGCCGACGCGGCGUCCCCUGCCACGACCUCCCCCUCCCCCUCGCCGCGCUCGGCGGGCUCCUUGUGCGAGGACCUCGCCGCCUUGGUCGAGGAAGAGAAGGAGCGGAUCGUCGAGGAGGCGGCGCCUUUGUCGCUGCGGUCGGUGGAGAAGCGGGCGAGGAGGAGCUCCGCGAUCUGGGGCGCCGAGGACCUCGCCGUGGUCGGCGAGGAGGGGUUGGAGCCUCCGCGGAUCGCCAGGGAGGCGGCGCCGUCCCCGGGGUCGGCGGAGCUGGACAGGAGGGCGAGGAAGAGGUACCGCCUGCUGUCGGAGCUCUACGCCUCCACGAGACCGGUGAAGGCCGUCGCCCCUGCUGCUGCGAAGAAGAAGAGGAAGAGGCACGACGGCGAGCCUUCGUCGUCGUCGUCGUCGUCGGAGGCGACGAGGUACGGAGACUACUAGAAGUUCAAAAAGGGCUCUUGUGUAAUUACGUCGCCGUCGUAGGGUUGAUUCCGUAGCAAUCUUUGCCGAGACGAAACGGAAAGCGACAGACACCACAGCUGCUUGUAGUACAAGGAAGAAGAAGGUGGUUAGCGCCUCCACUUUUCGAAUUUGAAUUUGAAACUGGGAUCUCAAGCAUCGGAGCGCCCACCCAACCACUGCUUCGCGCUCAUCAGUGCAAAUGUUUUUGGCAGUUCCUUCCUCCGUGA